AUGGCGCUCGAUCGGAUGCGCGAGCAGCGCGCGAUGAAGCUGCUGGACGCGCUUCAAGACGACCUGCGAGCUCAAAUGCGGCUUGAGAAGGACGAGUUGGGUCGGAAUGGCGAGAACAAGAGAGCUAGUGUGCGACGGAAGGCGAGGAUCGCUCGACUUUCGGACCCAAACGAGCGCGAGCGGAUCUGGAGUCGCGAACAAUUACCUUCGUACGAGUUUCUCUGUGUUUGUGAAAAGGGUGUUGCAAUUCGCAGUCUUCCGAAGAAGCGCGAGUUCUGGCGUGAAGUCGACGUGUCUGUAUGGCGCAAGGCCGAGUUGGACGCUGCAUGCACAUUGCUCGAUCUCCCUGUAAGCGGCAAGAAAUUGGAACUCGUUGCUCGCAUCCAGGACUGGGUCCAUGAGCCUGAAAUUCUCGCUCGUCUGGAAGAGCAGCGGCUGCUUGAGCUGCAACAAGACGCGAUUUUAGGUCAGUGGAUCUUUCGAGGUGGCCACGUCACUCACGUUUACACAGGCUUUGAUGCCAACUUCGCGUUUGCCCGAACCGAAGAUGGCCAACAGCAAGAGCAAGAAGAUCAACACAAGCGCAACUCGGAGACCGAGAACUCAGCUUGUGGUGAAGGUCGAGAGUAUGGCGAGUUGGGAGCGUCUGAGUAUGGUAGUAAGCCCACCACAGAAGAGCCGAUACGCGUCGAAACAUUGUGCAAGUUUCACGUGGCUACUGUGAGCGUGGGCAACACGCACACCGCAGCUAUCACGGACAAAGGAAAGGUAUACGCGUGGGUGCUGGAUGUGUGUUGCGGCAGUUGGCAUACGCUCUGUAUCGCCCGUGAUCGAGACGAAAUAUUUCCAGUUCGAGCGCCUCGAAGGGUCCUAGGCUCACCCGCUUCAACCAGCAGCGAUAGCACCGGCGGCUUCGUGUACAGCUUCGGGAGCGGUCUUCAAGGACAGCUUGGCCUGGGAAAGCAGAAGCUCGCGGCUCUACCAAGUACCUGCGCCUUGGCUGUCGACGGCAACCUGUACACGUGGGGCCAGACCGCCUCGGGCUGCCUGGGACGGAAGGGCUCCGAGGUCGGCGCGACGGAUCUGCCCGAUCCGGGCGUCGUGGACCGCGGCAGCUUCCGCAACUACGGCGUGGGGCCCAUCGUCUCCAUCGCGGCGGGGCACGGCUUCACGUUGUUCGCCACGGGCCCCUGGGACUCCCAGGCUGGGAGCCGCGCGAAGCAGCAGUUCCAGCUGCAGACGACCAGCGCCCCGUCCUCGUCGCAGGGCAACAUGGUCGACACGGGCGUGUACCGCUACGAGCGCAAUCGCGCGAGCCACGAGUUCUUCUCGCCGGGGCCACACGCCACCACGCGCACGGCCACGGCGCCGUCAGCCAUCUUCAACCUCGUGAGCACCAUCAUCGGCGGCGGCAUCCUGUCGCUGCCCUUCGCCUUCGACAAGUGCGGCAUCGUGGUGGCGCUCGUGUUCAUGGUCAUCGCCGCCUCCGCCUCCACCUUCAGCCUCUACGUGAUCGUCAGCUGCAGCCGCCGCGGACGCGCCGCCUCCUACGAAGAAGUCGUGCGCAAGGCGCUCGGCGCUCGGGCCGGCCGCGUCACCGUCGUGCUGCUCGUGCUGCUCACGUUCCUCACGCUCGUGGCGUACGUCAUCCUCACCAAGGACCUGGUGGGCUCUCUGGGCGCGCGCUUCCUCUACAACCGGCCGGUCACCGAGGCGGAGCAGAACGUCCUGACGAUUUGCUGCGUGCUGCUCGUGUCGCCGGCGCUGCUGGCGCGCUCUAUGGACGCGCUGCGCUUCACCUCCAUCUUCAGCCUCGUGUCGGUGUUGGUGCUGGCCAUCGCCAUUACGGUCCGAGCCGUGGGCACGACGUUCAAGCGUGAAGAAACCAUUGAAGUCGAGGCAGAGCCGCAGAUCCCCAUCAAGAUGGUCCCCGACAGCUGGGCAGACGCCGCCUACGCCUUCCCCAUCAUCUCCGUGUCGUUCCUCUGCCACUUCAACGUGCUGCCGGUGUAUCGCGAGCUGCACAAGCCCACGCGCCACCGUCUCAAAAAGAUCGUGGCGUCGACGAUGUUCUCGACGUGGCUGUUCUACAUCCUCGUCGGAAUCAUGGGCUACCUCUUUGCGUUCCGGCAGCAGGGCGGCGUCCAAGGUGACAUUCUCAACAACUUCAGCGACAACGACCCGCUGGUGAACCUCGGACGCCUCGGUCUGCUGGUCACCAUUCAGCUGAGCUUGCCGCUGAUCAUCCAGCCUUGCCGCGCCAACCUGCUCCGGCUGGCCAAAAUCAUCCGCAGCUUCAUCCGCGGCCGUGCCAAAGUUUACGAUGCCCCGGACUCUUCCGACUCGGAUAACGAAGAAGAGGCUCCUGCAGGAGAGGGGACUGCGCUGCUGCCUACCAGCGCCAAUGGAACCAGCAUCAUCAAUGCCGCGUCCUCAUCUCCACGGAGACUCAAGUCGACCGUCGUGCACGUGCUGCUCACUGUUGCCAUCAUGGCCAGUGUCAUCACGAUCGCGCUGCUGUCACCCGGCGUGGCUGUUGUGUGGAACCUCAUGGGCUCCACCGUUGGCCUCCUGAUCUCGUACGUCCUGCCGUGCGUGUCCUACGUGUGCAUUAGGCGCGAGAAGCCCAACACGGACCGUCGCAAGCUCACUGCCUGGAUCAUCCUAGCGAUCAGCUCCGUCGUGUGCGCCGUGUGCACGAUCCAGGCGUUUGUGUCCGUCUUCAGUCCAUAG